AUGAUACGAGCAUACCAACAUGUCCUCCUCCCCUGUUGUUUCUACAUCUCCCACUGGACUCCCUAAUCCUGCUCAUUGUGAGAUGGAGUUGGGGUCACCUGUUGAUAUCUUCGCCAAGCAAUCUGUGCAGGACGAAGCUUCUCAUGUCUCUGAUCGCCCUUGCUGUGACAAUGAUCAUGAUCAGAUAAUGGGAGGUGUAAACUCUAAUCAGCAAUCAUUCGAAGAAUCUCCCAUUGGUGCCCUACCACAUGCAACUCAAUCCCUUCCAAGGGGCCUCCCCCCGGUAACACAUUAUAUGUCUUGUUAUGCAAAACAUGCUCAGCCAGGAGGGCAGGUUCUCACUGCUCUAGAACACCGUUUUAUGAUGAAGAACCUUUUGAAGCGCACUGGUGAGGCUGAUCUUAGUCUUGUAGAUGUCCGACAGGGCAAAGACAUCUUCAAAAGAGGCAUAAAGAAUAUGUCUGACGCCACUGUCUCCGCUGCUAUCGUUGCAAAGGACAAUGCUGAUCAAUAUGUUGAGAACAAGAUAGAGGCUACCUUUUUCGAAAGGGCUUUGGUCGGACGUACCUUCGAGCAGCUCGAAGACGAUGCAGACUUCACUGUUGCUGCAUAUAGUCAUGAUCUCGCUGCCUAUCAAAUUGCAGCCUUGCAACUUGAUUAUCUGAAGGAGAUCGGUGCUGAGCGGGGGUUUCCCAUGGAAGACAGGGACUCGGAAGAUGCUGGAUAUCGCUUGCGAGCAUGUCUCGACAUCAUGCUCGGAGAGUCUGACUCGGAGGAAGAAUGCUAA